AUGUCAGGUACUCGAACCAGCUCUCAACAGAUUCUUAAAGAAUUUGCCAGUGUUGUAACCGAAUUCCAGCGUUCGCUGAUUGCUGGGACCGACAAUCAGGACCCUUUGCAGUUGGUACAAGAAUUCAGGUCUAUAGCGGGCGAGGCUGCACUGGUAUGCGCAGAAGAAACAGAAGACCAGCGGGACAGGACGCAAUUUGUCAACUUUGAACUGGAGGCCAAAUUGUGGUACCUGGUGGAGCUGCUGGUGUCUUUUCGGACGUCAGAUGCUCCGAUGGACGAUAUAGAGCUGCAUGACUACAACUCGAACGCGGUGUUUAAGAAGGCGCAGCUUCAAGAAGAUCCGGAACUUUACGUGGUUUGGCUGAUCAUUGCAUGGAUACAGGAGAACCUGACGGUGUCGCCACGACCUGCGGAAUUGCCCACGACGAAGUGGUCAAACACGUUGCUGGCAGGUGGCCUCAAAAGUAGCGAUCUGGAUUGUCCGCUCAGAGAAGAGGGCGUGCAAAUACAUCCAAAGGACAACCAGGAUGACCACUGUUUCUACAAGUACAUGUAUGAGCUAAUCCUAGCAGGGAAGUAUGAGGAAGUGAGGCGGGAAUGUGAAUACAGCGACAAUCUGACCCUGGGCAUGAUUAUGUGCGGUCUGGAGGAUUAUGUGGAUCCCCGCAUUGAUCUAGAGCUGGCAGGGGACUACGAGGGACACCAGGGGAUUAAGAAGCGGGCUUUAUGGAGGAGAGCCGUGUAUGCGCUGUCCAGGAAUCCUAAUCUGGACAAAUAUGAGGCGGCGAUAUACGCAUUCCUGUCGGGCACAAUUCCUCAGGAUAUAGAUGAACAGCAGCUAGACUGGGAGCGGAUGCUGCUGGUAUACUUAAACCAGAUUUGGAAUAUAAAGAUCGAGAACUACUUACUGGAGAAGGAGAGAAUCAACAAGGAAGAGCUUAUCGAGCAGAUGCCGUCGCAGCCUCUUUCUCUUUCAGCUGUUCUUAAUAUCGUGGCUUCUAAACAUGUGGAGGAGAGCGAGCAUCCAAUUAGGGUUCUGAUGGGCGCUGUUAUACUAAAUACGAUUUCUCCAGCCGUCAAGUCCUUUAUUGAUAUGUUACUGGAUGCUGUUAAGGGCGUGGACCAGGAAAACGACUUGCUAUCAGAGCCAUAUAUAUUGAGAAUCUUGACACAUUUGGUCAUCUUCUUAGAUAAAGCAUGUCCCGGGGUGAUUGAAGAAGGAGACAAGUCGAAGCUAGUGACUACAUAUGUUUCACUACUAAACCUCUACGAGCAGUAUGAUUUGGUGCCUGUGUAUAUCAGCUGCCUGGACGAACAGGAUAUAAUGGAGGCUUACUCCUUCUUCCUCUCGAAUCUGGUCGGCGAUUCGUCUAGGGAACGGCAGUUGGAGUUGUGCUACUUCUUCCAGCUUCCCACCGCUAAUAUUUUAAAGAGAACCGCCCAGCGUAUCUUUAAUGACACAGAGCCACACUAUAAUCUAGCGGAUACGGUAACAAUGAAUUCAGAGGUAACGGAUAUAGACCUACAUCUGAUAUCGGCUGUAGAUUGGCUAAUGAAAGGUAGGCUACACGUUGAUGCUGUGGAGUCUAUUAUCGCACUCUGCCGCAGGUUCCUUGCUAAUGGUAAGGUCAAUUCACUAAGCACCUUUUUUGAACAACACAACAUGGAUGACUUGAUCAAAAACUAUGAGUUAGAUCAACUUUCUGCCAAGGAAGAGUACCCCGAGGAUCGGUUUGUACAGGAAAUUGGGCAGUACACGAAGCUUAUUACUGGUUUCAGGCAGUAUAAGAACUGGGAAAACUCUAGCCACACUGUGUCUUCGUCCAAGAACACGUCCGCUCUUCUACAGCAAUUCCAAGCCUUCGCCAGCACCUUACGCGGGCUUGUCACCGAGUUUUUAGUCGAGCUCACUGAACACACUGAUAUGCCAUCAGAAGACAGGGACAUGUUGUACAAUAUCAGAUCGCUCUACACACCCUACCUGCUCAUUGAACUCCAUAAUUCCUAUACUUCCACCGCGGAAAAGCUUGGCGUUCCAUCGUUCCUGCAGGAAGCGGUGAACCUGUCUACGAUGGUGGCCAACGAGACAGAUAAAAUAUAUCUUCUGUUCCAGAACAGUGGCAAGCUAAAGGAGUACCUGCACCUAGUUGCUAAGGCUGUGGCCCUGAUAGGACAUUAA